CCACAAAGUGACACAUUUUUUAUUGUAACAUUGAAAUACAUUUUAUGACACGCGGUGCACAGUUCUGCACCUCAGAUAUCAGGCAGACUCGUCCAGAUGCGCUCCGAUAACCCAUGAACACAUUUUAUGAGCUUGUGGCGUCUAUCAACGUAAAACAACUUACAUACCACAGAGACCACAGCAGUCUAUAAUCUUAACACACUUUGAUAAACACGCACGUAUCUUUGCGACACGUAAUAUAAUGUGUGUAUCACUUAUUGAAUGAAGAACUUUAACACAUUCACAAAAAAGCAAUUUGUCUCAUAGGCGCAGUUGGCGCAUGACGUCAAAAACAGCUGAUAGUCCAAGUCUGCAGCUUCAACAGUUUUUUAGACAUCAUAGUAAUGUUACAUGUUAAUGAAAGUAACAAUUAGAAAACACAUAUUGUGAAAAAUAAUGAACUGAUAUACUGAUAUACUGGUAAAUACUGAUUCGUAGUAUCGUAAACCGAUACACUGUGUGUUGACGUCUCCAUCUCCCCUAAAUUCUGCGUCACACCUCAGGGCGAAUCGCUCGAGCUCAGGACUAGGAUGUCAUUCAGUACUGUACGGGAUUUAUUGUGUCGUGCCGGGACAUUCUGCAUCGGUUUCAUUAGCGGAGCUGAUCAACAAAAACAACAAAAAAACCAUAAACCGCACUAAACUACUUAAAGCGCUUAAUGAAUUAAAAAUUCCUUUCCAGAAUGAGCCUGAUGUUAGGGAUGGCAGAUAAGGCAUCUGACCCUGGGUCAGUUAGUAUUAUUGUGGAGGAUAGACCUCAGCCGCAGGAAGCUCCGUUGCUAACUCAUCUGAAGAAGGUGGAGAACCACAUCAUGGAGGCACAACGUUUCUCUCACCUUCCCAAACGCACGGCUGUGGACCUGGAGUUUAGAGACCUCUCCUACACCAUCAGGGAAGGACCGUGGUGGAAGAAACAAGGUUUUAAGGCCUUGAUCAAAUGUCUGUCGGGAAAAUUCUGCAGUCGGGAAUUUAUUGGGAUUAUGGGACCGUCUGGGGCUGGCAAGUCCACUUUGAUGAACAUUCUGGCUGGGUACAGGGAAACAGGGAUGACGGGUGAGAUCCUGGUAAAUGGAAAGCUCCGAGACCUACGAACCUUCCGAAAGAUGUCCUGUUACAUUAUGCAAGAGGACAAAUUGCAGCCGCACCUGACUGUACAAGAAGCUAUGAUGGUGUCAGCAAACUUGAAGCUCAAUGAAAGCUCAGAGGUGAAGAAAGAGCUGAUUAAAGAAAUUCUUACAGCCCUGGGAUUACAUGAGUGUGUUCACACUCGCACAGCCUCUCUUUCUGGAGGACAGUGCAAACGCCUGGCUAUUUCCCUUGAGCUGGUAAACAACCCACCAGUCAUGUUCUUUGAUGAACCAACCAGUGGUUUGGAUAGUGCAUCCUGUUUCCAAGUAGUAUCAUUGAUGAAGUCUCUGGCACAAGGAGGGCGAACCAUCAUUUGCACCAUCCACCAGCCCAGUGCCAAACUCUUUGAGAUGUUUGAUAAGCUGUACAUUUUGAGUCAGGGCCAAUGCAUUUUCAAGGGAAGUGUCCCAUUCCUCAUUCCUUACUUGAGUGCGCUAGGUCUUCGCUGUCCUACAUACCACAACCCUGCAGAUUUCAUCAUAGAGCUAGCGUCAGGGGAAUAUGGAGACUUGAACCCAGUUCUGUUUGAAGCUGUCCAGGGUGGCAUGUGUGCCUUGGAAGAAAAGAGACACUGUAUUGACAAAAACACCUUAAACUUGUGUGCUGCAAAAUGUGUCAACGACUCAGGACAUGAUGAGAGCAAUACAUUUGCAACAAGCUCUUUGACUCAGUUCUGCAUUCUCUUCAAAAGAGCACUUAUUUCAAUCUGCAGAGACCAGGUUUUGACACAUCUGCGGCUAAUGUCACACGUCUCUAUCGGAGUGUUGAUAGGCCUGCUGUACCUCAACAUUGGCAAUGAUGCCAGUAAAGUCUUCAACAACACUGGUUUUCUCUUCUUUUCAAUGCUUUUCCUCAUGUUUGGAGCCCUAAUGCCCACAGUACUCACAUUUCCCCUGGAGAUGGCUGUAUUUUUCAGAGAACAUUUAAACUACUGGUACAGCCUGAAGGCUUACUAUCUGGCUAAGACAAUGGCUGACAUUCCAUUCCAGCUCAUUUGUCCCAUCCUGUACUGCAGUAUUGUGUAUUGGAUGACUGAACAGCCUCCAGAAGCAAGUCGCUACUUGCUCUUUUUGGCGUUGUCGAUCUGCACAGCUUUAGUAGCCCAGUCCCUUGGGCUUUUAGUCGGUGCUGCCUCCACCUCCCUUCAGGUGGCCACUUUUGUGGGUCCCGUCACUGCCAUUCCCGUUUUACUCUUCUCAGGCUACUUUGUGAACUUUGACACCAUUCCUGAUUACCUACAGUGGAGUUCUUAUGUGUCCUAUGUUCGGUAUGGGUUUGAGGGUGUGAUUCUCUCCAUUUAUGGGAUGAACCGAACUGAGCUUGAAUGUCCAGGGAGGGAUUGCAAGUUCCAGAGACCUGAAGAGGUUCUGCAGUUAUUAGAUGUGGAAGAUGCCAAGCUGUACAUGGACUUCAUUGUAUUGGGGAUUUUCUUCUUCAUCCUGCGACUCGCCACCUACAUAGUUCUUCGCUACAAAAUCAAGUCCGAGCGAUGAUAUUUAUUGACCUUGCAUGGUCUCCACUUGCUGUGGCCUCUUUCAGACUUCACUCUAAGCCCAAACGUGUCAGUCUUUGCUCGGGAAGUUUUUGUUGACCAUUGUCGUGUGCUCAGUUUUUUUCAUUUGGACACAGAACUUGAAUUAUCUGGCAUUUUAAAUGUCUACAGAAUUCGAACAAAGACACAUCUCUGAGCUUUAUGUUUUUUCAGUGUUACACUUUGAUGAACUUCCAGGCCUUGGAAAAUUCUGUCAGUCAGGUUUGCUAUGGUGAAUCCAAAUGCAACACUUAAAGUGGAAAUGAACCAUCCAGUCAAGUUUCCAGAACGUUUCCACUUCAAUCAAAAAUGAUAUAGUGAACCAGA